AAUUCACAUUGAUUCACCGUCUCUAUGUUCAAGCGGUGUAUCCAGGGCCUUCUGCUUCGUUGUGUCGGAUUGCGUUAGCGAAAGCACCACCGCGGUCACAUAAUUUAGUACUUUUAACAUAUGAGGGGAGUAAUAAUGUCUUGGCGGGCAUGAUGGCUGUACUACUCCAAGCCCCGCACGUAGUGAACAAAAGUGCCGCAACAAGCUAAAAAGUACGUACUCUUUUUCCCCAACCACGAUGACUUCUCAAACAAACUCAAACUCAUUCAGCAUUGUCAACGUUCCAGACGUUCACUUACGUCUAAGAGGCCACGAGGAGACGGGCACACUCUCACUCGAGUGUGUGGAUACCACAGCCCUUUCCGCCACGCCUCAACAAGCAGGUCUAACCGAAGAUACCAAUAAUCGAUCUGUAUACUUGGUCCUACACCUCAACGAACACGCCUUUCCUCUCGAACCGGUCACUCCUAUCAAUCUCAUCAUUUACCAAGAUGGCAGACGGGCUUACAGCUUCAAUUUCAACAAUGCACCCGUCACACUAACCAUCCCAGGAUCCUUUCCCCAUACCUUGACGCGAAAUGUAGCCGAGGAUAUCGAGAACUUUGAUCACAUCCUCACUCAAUACGCCGAUUUCCGUUGGGAAUCUCAGGGUUCUGCACUGCCGGAUAACGAUGAAUCCGCGGUUCCGACCUACGAAGCUGGACCUGCUCCUGCCACGAGGGUAGAGGAGGGGAAGCGUGUACCCAACCCUGAGUUGCGAGGUACCCUCGUGUUGAUGGACGAAGCUAGCGGCGAAGUUGUCGCAGAGGUCCCAGAGAGGCUAGGUGUCUCCAUCAAGGAGGACCCUUCGGUCUCGGGCGCGAGCAGGGAUGGAGCAAGUGCAGGGCCAGUUGUAUUGGAGCUCCCGCCGGAUGUGUAUGAUGUGUAUACGGGUGCGAAGGAUGCGAAGGACGUUAGAGAAGAAGAUUUGCUUGAAGCGAGAGAAAUAUUUGUGACUGCGAUUCCGCCAGAGGAGCAGGAUUGGAUAACGAAGAGUGCCAAUCUAGUUAGUUAUGCUAUCUCAACCUCCACGUCCCUCCUCGCAACAGGCCUAACCACCGCGUCCAAAUACUAUAUCGGACAUUCCAAAGCAUAUACUCCCCCCGCCAGCUCACCGACGUCCACACCAGGCGUGACAACUCCUCCUACACCGCAUCCAUACCUCAGUCGUGCACACGCAUGGACAAGUCAGGCUGCUCGCGCAAGUGCACGUACUGGCGAACUCGUCGAGGGUAUCAUCAGAAGUGCCGUCGGAAACAAGAACGCCCCCAGCAGUAACAAACCUUCAUCGCUUCACCAAUCUCCAACAUCAACGCCUCCACGAAUCAGUUCCCCUGGGUACAAAGUGUACACGCCCAAAUCAAGGGCGACGACACCUGCAGGCCUUGCACCACCUUUGCCACCACGAACGUUGAGUGCGGGUGGUAGUAGAUCGCCUGCAGGCAGUAGACCUACUUCCCCUAGACCGAAGACGACACAGCCAGAACAGCCACACAAACCUCUGAAAACCACUCAUAAGAUAGCGCUGUCGGCGAAUUUGGUGUUGGCUACUAUAGACGACUCAGCAAAUAGGUUGUUUGAAGCUGGGAGUCAGAACCUGAGUGCUGUCGUUGGUCACAAGUACGGUCCGCAGGCAGGACACAAUACUCAUUCAGCCACUCAAACUGCGAAGAACGUCACCUUAGUUUACAUUGACAUGAAGGGCUUCGCAAGGAAGGCUUUGAUUAGGAAAGCCGGAACGGAGUGGGUGAAGGGGAGAGUUGGGAGUCCGAAAACUUCCCCUGCUGUAGCAGGAAAGUCUUCAUGAAGCGAACGAUCUGGGUCUUAACUCGGAGAGGUUUCGGACUGUUGAAGGACAUAUACCACUUUAAGAACAUUUUGUACAAUAGAAUGACAAAAUGUACAACACAGCUGACAUGGGUAUCCUCCGAUGUGAAUGUUCGGUGAACAUCGUCGUAAGUAUUGCGCGAGAAGAAGGUACAGGAUAAACUGUCUUUCUUCUACAACAGAACAAUCUCUGGGGG